AGAAAGAACUAAAAAAUCGGAAAAUGUAAAACCCCAGCAAACCCCUCUUACGCAGUCGCGCACAUCUCGAUCUGUCAAUCAGAAUCCCCGAGAAAACAUGGCCGCCAAGUCAGUCUUCUGCUCUGCCGCCAUAUGUGUUCGGGCUGCCGCCACUUCAUCUAUCCGAACUGCCGCCACCAGAGCGGCCGCCGGAGCGAAGCGGAGGACUUCCGCGUCGCCCUUUGCCAUCCCCACUCAGAGACCUCUCACUUCGCGCAUUUUCAGGUCACCUGUGGAAUUGAGCUGUGUUAGAGUGGAAACUAUGCUACCGUAUCACACUGCAACUGCCUCUGCAUUGCUCAAUUCCAUGCUCUCUGUUGCGCCUCGCUGCUACGGAUGGACGCUUGAAGAUUUGUGAAUCAUGCAGCUGUCAUUGAUUGUUGAUGAGUUAAAUCCAUAAAAAAGCCUCGAGAUAACUGAAUCAGAUAGUCGCCACAGGCUGCAUGCCUAGCUUAUAGUUUUGCCUUUCUGUAGUUAGCUUAAUCCAAGGGUCCUGCUAAUACGUGGUUUUUAAUCAGAUUGCAACGAUGGUGUAUGAUGAAUGUCAAAGGGUUCAAGCAAGGUUAUAUGGCUAUAUGCUCAUCUUCACUCUAGGAGAUUGUUGAAUAAGUAGAGUGCAGAAAAUAUGCAUGGUUGGAGACAUAUCUCUUUUUGUUUGCAUGUGCUAUAUACUAGGGGCUUCAGAAUUAAGACUCUUGAUGAUCCAGGAUCUUUUGGAAAUGUUAUAAUUGGUUUGAUUUUAUCCUCUUUUCUGGGAUCAUUUAGCACCUGUAUAAUCAUAUAUUCAUAUGUUUACUUAAUA